AUGUCCAUCCCUUUCAAGACCGUCUUUUUCGUCAUUUUUUUCGCCGUUUCUUGCCUUGUAAUUGUCCGCAGUUACACCGUUUCUUCUUCAUCCACUGUGUUUACAAAUCUUCCUUUAUCUUCUAAUUGUGAAUUAGCAACCAUAAUUUACUGCUUCUUCGUUCGUAUUUUUCCCCCUCCCGCAUUUAUUUCCAGUACCUUUCGCCCGCGUUUGUCUCUCUCUUUUCUUUCCAAUUUACUUUUUUCGUUGUCUCUUUUUUCCCCCUCUCAUUUGGCUCUCUCUAUUUCUCUCUUUCCUUUUCUUUUUUCUCUUUCCUCUCCACCCGCUAUUCUGAUUAUCUAUUUAAUAUUUUCUAUCUUUCUUCUCUCGUAUCCUCCCUUUUUUUAUUUUUGCAUUUUCUUUUUCUUUCUCUUCCUUCCAUCUUUCUUUUCUCUUAAGUAUUACGUCAACCUUUUCUCUCGUCUCACCUUCCUUGCCAUCAUUUUCGUUAUAUUUUCCAGGUAUAUUUCUUUUCUUCUCUCUUUCUUCCCCCCUUUCUCUAUUUAUUUUCUUUUAUUUGUCAUUGUGUGCUUUAUUCUUGUUCUUCUUCUGUCUUCCUUUAUUUUUGUGGUUUUUUUCUUUUGCUUUUCAGUUUAUUUAAUUGUUUAUUUAUUUUUUUUAAAUUCCUAUUCCUCGCCCUUCUCUCUUUUCUUCACUCUCUCUCUUUUUCAUUAUUUCUUCAUAUAUUCAUAUUUUUCGUUUUCUUUAAUCAUUUUUACCUUUUCGAAAUUUUUCCUAUUCUUUCUUUCUUUUUUAUUUUAUUGCAUACUCUUCUUUUUUUCUUUCUUUUCACUCUUUUUUUCUACUGAUAUUCAUUCUUUCUUCUUUUUUCUUUCUUUUUAUUGCAAUUUACUUCCCCUCCUUUUUCUUAAUUAUCUUAUCAAUCUCACUUAUUUCUUCUUUCUGUUUCUUUAUUUGUUUGCUUCUUUCUUUCUUUUUUCUUUCUUUCUUUCUUUCUAUUGA